AUGGAGAGCGGCAGCACGGCGGCGUCGAGCGACGAGGCCGUGAGAUCGCCCGGCGGGACGACGGCGGUGGCGGCCGCCCGGCCGUACUACGAGUGCGUGUUCUGCAAGCGCGGGUUCACCACGGCGCAGGCGCUGGGCGGGCACAUGAACAUCCACCGCCGGGACCGCGCCAAGCCCGCCCGCCUCACGACGUCAGCUUCCCGGAGCACAGAGUGCAACUUGGCGUACCCCCCAGCGCCGCCGGCCACGUCCCUGAUGAGCAGCGGCGACUUCGCCAUGUUGUACUACGGCCGGCACACCGGAGCCGGAGUGGACGCCGAGGCCGUGAGCCCUGGUAGCCCGAUCCCGAGGGAGCUGAGCCUGUUCGGCGCGGACGACGACAGUCACGACGACCGUGACGACUGCUUGCAACUGGGCCUCCGGUGCCAUGGAAGCAGCAGCGGCGACGGGUUCGAGCGGCGGCCGGACGGCGAGCUGCCGGAGAGGAAGCUGGACUUGGAGCUCAGGCUCGGGCCCGGGCCUCGUCCGAGGCACUGA